UGCUUCUUAUGCCUUAGAAAGUGUCCAUUGUUUGGACUGAAGAGACAUCACAGUGGUUUCCAAGACCUCAAUUGCUCAACUUCCAAGAACUAAAUUAAAGUAUCCGGUUACUCUCCUUACUGUAUGAACCUCCACAGCCUCAAAGUUUUAGUUGGCACCGCAUUCGCCACAAAACGCUGUUUAUUCUCGGCUCAGUUGCGUCACCUCUGGCGGCGGCGAGUUCUGCGACACAGCGGGGCUCCGUGUAGAUCGUCUCCGCACCUGCCGCCUACCCGGGCAGGCGCUCCCGGUCUCGGGUGCGAGGAGACAGCUGCAGCGACAACAACGAGAAACAAACCGUGUCUGUGCCUGCCUCUGGGCGCUGCGGCUGCUCGCCAAGCCCGGGAAAACGCCGUUACAGCUUGGAGAUUUACAAAUAUCGCUGAAUUUAAAAAGGAAGCGAGGCAGCUUGGAGUUCAAUGUGACUUCUCCGAGGUAAGGGAAAAGCCCGAGGACACGCCCUGUAAAAAAAGACGAGAAGAAAUCAGCAGUCAAAAUUUCACUGGGAAUAUCGCGGAAACGGCUGAAAGGCGGCGUUUGCUCCUACAAAGCGAAGACAGCUCAGCUCCCCCUGCUGGGCGAGAGGCAGCCGGUGCUAGCGCUGACAGCGUGGUUUGUCCGACACCAAGGACUGCUUCUGGACAAGCACCGCGCCAGCCCGUUCAAGAGCCACGUUGCUUUCAGGAUGGCCUUGAAAAAAGAGAAGGAAGUUGUGGCAAGCAAGGGCGAGUACGAACCUCCGCCUCUUUCAGAACUGCAGAACCUCCUGUGGAUGAACAGGCAUUCCACCGGACAUGUCAAUGAAGUCUGGCCUAAUCUCUAUAUCGGAGAUUCGUACACGGCUCGGGACAAAGGCGCUCUGUUUAACCUGGGAAUCACCCACAUCGUGAACGCUGCAGACGGGCGCUACCAUGUGAACACAGGCGCCCGUUUCUACAGCGACAUGCCGGUACUGUAUUAUGGGGUGGAGGCCGAUGAUCACCCAGAGUUCGAUCUCAGCCUCUUCUUUUACCCCACGGCCAGAUUCAUACGGUCGGCCCUUUCGCAGAAAGGUAGAGUGUUUGUCCACUGUGCAAUGGGAAUCAGCCGCUCUGCAGCACUGGUACUGGCUUUCCUGAUGAUCUGCGAGAACCUCACUCUGGUCGAUGCCAUCAAGACUGUCCGCAAGCACAGAGACGUUUGCCCAAACUCGGGAUUCCUGAGCCAACUGAGAGAGCUGGACCUCGCCCUGAUGCUGGAGAGGAAGAGAAAGGCAGCGCUGUACAAACUCUGAACGGGCUUUCUUUCUGCUGAACCAGCGAAAUAUGCGUAUGAUCUUAGCUGAGUUUUUUUUAACAGCCUUGGAGCAAGAACUGUUUAAAGUUGUUUUUACAGGAGGGUUCAAUUGUGCACAAAACUCCAGCAUAGCUGUAGCUGUAAAACUUUAAAUAACUUGCCUUAGUCGUUUUGCUUUUAUUUUUUUAUCCUUUUAAAUUCCUCCACACACAUUACACACUGGAUUGCAGUGAAAAUGUGUAAACAAUGUAUUUCCUUCUAAAAUAUACCAAUGCAGUAGAUUAACACACACAUUCUGUAAUACCACUUUCUAUCCAUUAAGUUACAGUAUAUACAGAGGGUGUACAGGCUAUUUAGAGAAUCUUCUUGUGGAUUUUUCAGUGUUAGUAUGAGUCAUUUUAUUUACUAAAUUAACAGGGCUUUUUCAUUUAGCUUUUUUCUAAAAUCACUAUUGAAACAUUAAAGAUGUAUUUUGCCUUGCCCUGUACUGCACAAUAUAAUAUAGUCGUUCAAGGAUGGGAGUUGAAUUGUACAGCUUGUUCCCAUCUUGGCAGUGGGACAGCAUUCAUCCAGUGAUCAAGCUCAAAAUCAUAUCAGCAACCUAUACAAAGACACCAUAGAGAGUGCCAUUGAAAGAUUGUCAUUUCACAAUCAAGGUAUUAGAGAGCAUGUGUGAAAAAGAACUUAGGUUUUAUAGAGAUAAAUAGGGCUUUCACCAAGAAUAGCUAGAAAUCAGGAUGAAGUGAUUUUGUACAAAAAUGGAAAUCCUAUGAGCACAGUAAUAAAAGAACCUGCCAUGAUGAUAAAAAGAAUUCGGUAUCACGAGUGUAAUGAUUUCUUUGUCACACUUCGUCUUAGUAGAGCAUGGAGAAAAGCAAAUGAAAGAUUAUUUGUUACACCACCAUCACGUUUAAUUUUCACAUACCAUACCUUUAUGCACAAUACUGUACAUACUGCACAGUGAGUGCUGUUACCAUCAUCAGUUCAUCAGUUCCAUGUUACUAGGUUUGUCUUUAUCUCAACAGAAGAAGUACAAUAUACAGUACCUCAUAUUGCAAACCUCACCUAUUUAAAGGAGUUGGUCAUCCUGAGUUACUCUGCUCUGCUGCAAGUCAGAUGUCUGUAGAGCAGGGCUGUCCAGUCUGGAUCCUGGAAGGUCUGUCUGUUCAUGUGUUUUCAGCCCAAUGCUGCUCCUAACAAGCUAAACCACCUGCUACCUGGCUUAACAGCUUCUUCCAGCUCCUGAACCUUCACCUGCAGACACACCAGUCCUUCAGGACCAGGACCAGGACCAGACAGCUCUGCUCCUGCAUUAAGGAUUUACUAGAAAUACAGUAAUUAUUGACUUCUUAUUACAGGUUGAAAAUCCUUUAUCCAAAAUUCCAAAGUCCAAAAACCGAAACUUUCCAGCUCACAGUGAUGUCAUCGAUGACGUACCGUCUCCCUCAUGUUUCUCGGACCUGAUGUAGUUGUAAUGUCUGGGGCUGCAUUUAUCUUCAAGUUUGUAAGCAGUGAUCAUCAUGUUUUGUUUUGUUUUUUUGUACAGUAAAUUCAAAACGUUAUUUUUACAUGAGAUCUGAAUUUCACCUCCAUGUAUGAGUAUAACUUGACUAGCGUCAUUACUUGUACAUUACUUUAAAAAUAAAAUGCUGAGUUUU